UAAAAAUAAUAAAAUAAUAAUAAUAAAUAAAGCUGGAAACGAAUCCAAACCUUAAUCAAGGUCACAAUGGAGCGAUUUGUAGUGACAGCGCCACCUGCUCGCAACCGGUCUAAGACUGCUUUGUAUGUGACUCCCCUGGACCGAGUCACUGAAUUUGGAGGUGAGUUGCAUGAAGAUGGAGGAAAACUCUUCUGCACUUGUUGCAACGUGGUUCUGAAUCAUGUUCGCAAGUCUGCCAUCAGUGACCACCUCAAGUCAAAGACUCAUACCAAGAGGAAGGCAGAAUUUGAAGAGCAGAAUGUGAGAAAAAAGCAGAGGCCCCUAACUGCAUCCCUGCAGUGCAACAGUACUGCACAAACAGAAAGUCAGUGUUACUUUGUGAAAAUGUGUCUGGAAGCCAACAUCCCACUUGAGAAGGCUGAUCGUCCAGCUGUCCGUGCUUUCCUGCCUCCACACGUGAAGAACGGAGGCUCCAGAUCCAAGUCAGACCAGCUCAGGAGAGCGUAUCUGCCUGAUGGGGUAUGAAAAUGAGAAUCAGCUCCUCAACUCACAAGAUUGUUGACAAGGAGGUCACCACCAUUGUGAUCAAG